CGCCCGCCCAAGAGCCCCGUCGGCGCGUUCUUCUGGCGGCGCCGCGUCUGGUUCGAGACGACGAUGGGCCUCUCGGUGCUCGAGCCCUGGGAGAAGGUCAUGAUCCUCGUGGUCUUCUUCUUGCUGCUCACGAUCACCGCCACGGGCAUGUACAAGUACCUUCCCCAAGAGCUCGACGUCAUCCAGCAGCGGAUGGUGUACUACUUCUUUGGCCAGGAGGCGGAUAAG